AUGUUCGUCUAUCAAGUGCUGUUUCUACCUUGGCUGCUGUUGGCUUUUGAUCUUGGCAGUGCUCAAUGUCCAAGCUCGGUCGCCGCUAGUGCUCCGUGCUUGCCACACUGUGUUCUCUACAAUGGAGCUUGUGUGCAGCCUACAAGUCCAUGUGGAGUUGUAGCACCCUGCCCAACCGUGCCAGUCCAGACUCUGCCUUGUCCAAAUCUGCCAACUGCUCCAGCUCAGUCUUUGCCCUGCCCAAUCCAACCUGUGGCACCCUGCCCAACCGUGCCAGUCCAGACUCUGGCUUGUCCAAAUCUGCCCACUGCUCCAGCUCAGUCUUUGCCCUGCCCAAUCCAACCUGUCGCACCCUGCCCAACCGUGCCAGUCCAGACUCUGCCUUGUCCAAAUCUGCCCACUGCUCCAGCUCAGUCUUUGCCUUGCCCAAUCCAACCUGUGGCACCCUGCCCAACCGUGCCAGUCCAGACUCUGCCUUGUCCAAAUCUGCCCACUGCUCCGGCUCAGUCUUUGCCCUGCCCAAUCCAACCUGUGGCACCCUGCCCAACCGUGCCAGUCCAGACUCUGCCUUGUCCAAAUCUGCCCACUGCUCCAGCUCAGUCUUUGCCUUGCCCAAUCCAACCUGUGGCACCCAGCCCAGCCGUGCCAGUCCAGACUCUGCCUUGUCCUGUUGCACCGUAUCCAACCGUUCCACCACAAACCCUCCCCUGUCCGAGUCCACCGCCUCCCAUAUUCUAUCCGACCGUUCAACCGCAUACUACAACAACCACGAUAACCACAACCACAACAACGACCACCAGAAGACCAACCACCGAACCACCUCCUGCUCCAUUGAGAAAAUGCCCCAAGGGCACAGUGCUAAUCAAGGACGAAUGCCAUUUGAUUUAUUGUGGCCGUGGAGUCUAUGACAGUAAUAAUUGUGUAGAGCCGAGAUGUCCAAAGGGUACUUAUUGGUCAGGUCAGAAAUGCGUUUACCCCCAACCCGUAGAGAUCGGACCGAUUCACAUCGAGCGAACAAUCAUUCAGGAAUCAAAGCAGCCGCACGACUUGGUGCUCAAUAAUUUGCAGCAUCUGACCGUCAACGCCUCGCUGACUUUGCCAACGGACUAUAGAGAUUAUGUAGAAGAAUCAGAAGAGGAGGUAAUCGAUCCACCAAUUUCUCAACCGUCGCCCAAGUGCUGCACGGUUAUUGCACCACGCACUUGUCGCCGUCCAUCAGAAAGCAAUCGCUGGCAAUGUUUCAAUCCCAAGCAGCACGUCUGCGACGACUUUUGCAGUGCUCCAAAAAUGGCUUUAAGACCAUCCGGGAUCAGCAGCUGGUACGACAGUAAUGUCAGAAUGCUCACCAUACCGCCUAACUGGAACUCCGAAUGCCAGACGCAUGGCAACUGCCCACCAACCUCAGAUCGUUAUGACUGUAGCGGCUGUGCCUCGGGUCGGAUGGCAUCCUGCUCAUCCUACUGCUAUAACUAUCGCUGCCAUAGUCCGAAGUGUGCCUACUACGAUCAAAAAGAAUUUUGCGAUUCGCCACAAUUCGCCGGAUCCGUGGGUUGCCGUCCGGAAUAUGGAUGGCGUCGUUAAUCAAGUUGACUGCAAAAUAACGUAUAUAUGUCAUGAUGUCACGAUAUAAAAAAGAUUUGUAUCUUAACUUUUAAGAACUCAAUUUAUAUAGA